UAAGCCAGAAAUAUACCAUUUGGACUUUUAAAUGAGACAAAUGAUUCCAUUUAAAACGGCCACUGAGUUGAACGCAAACUAUACUAGAUUGCAGUAAAUUAUUACAUUCUGGCCCCUGCUGGACAUUUUGGUUUCAGGCAGUGAAUUUUGUUUUUUAUUGUAUUUUUUUAUUUGAUGUUUGUUCAGCACAUAUUUAACUGAGAGUAUAAUAGAUCGAGCAAUCCUUUGGAAACUCGUUUUAAAUUUAAUUUGAAAGGUCUUGUUUUCAGCAGGCGUUAUUAAGGACGUCCGGCGUCGUUGCCGUGACAACCAAGGUGUCGCACACUAAACACGCUUGGAGUGAAAACCGUGAUAUUUUUUUUUUUUUUUUUUGCUUGUUUGUUUAUUUGUUUUUUGGGGAGGUUUUCCGAACAUUCCUAAUUGUUUUAUAACAGCGGUUGUUUUUUUUUUUUUUCGUUUUUUUGUUUUUUUUUUUGCUGUUACUUUGCUUAAUGUGCUAACGUACGAUUGUUAACGAGAGAUGGAGACUGAGAAUGAAAAGGAGGACACCCAUCAUUUGCCCGUAGAACAUGUUUCUGCAUUGUCAGAGGUCCUGCCUUCUGCUUGGUCUACUUUUCAGCGCCUGGAUGAGAUGCUGUCGUUGGGCAAAAUCAGUAAAACCAAAGUGGACAAGCUGAAAGCAAUCUACAGGCAACUCAGUGAUGAAGUGAAGAGUGCCCAGGAUUCAGAGGUCCAACUUUUGGAAGAGGCCAAGAGGCUCCGUGCUGAGCUGAGGAGGCUGCAAGCCGACUUGGAGAAAACGGAAGAGCUGACCUUCUCCGAGGAGCCCACGAGUGAGGCGGGCAAACUCGGGCAGCAGCUUCUGCGGGCGUUGAACGAACUGAGAGCAACCGAGGAGAGAGACUACAUGACACAGCACCAGCUCAAGUGCCUCCAGGAAGAGAAGCGGUGUUUGCUGAAGGAGAACAACAUGGCGCCAAAACUCGAUAUCCCACAGGAACUGGAGUGCACCACCGUGAUCCUGCAGGACAAAUGUGAGAAACUGAAAAAAGAAGUAGCCCAGAGACAGAUGGAAGUCAGCGGUCUGAAGGAAGACAUGGAAACGUAUCAAAUGCAAACACUGAAGGAGGAGAAAGAGCUGCAAGACAAAAAGAAAAUAAUACAACUCAAGGAGGCCGAGAAAGCUCGGCUCCUCUCCGCACCUGAGAAGAUUUUAAAGGAGAUUGAAGAGAAACGCUCCAAGAGGGAUGCGGCGGUGAAGACGUUGGGAGCGAUGGACGGCCAGGUUUCGGAGAUGACGCAGCAGGCAAAGGAGGUGGAACAGCACAAUGACCUCCUCAGAGCGCAAAAGGAGGAGCUGGUUCAGGAGCUGGAGGGUCUUCAGGACCAAGUGGAGGCCAGCCAAAGGAGAUGCAGUCAGCUCCAGAAAGAGCACGAGGUCCUCAGGGAAGAGGAAGCUGAGCUUACGGGUCACAGAGGGAUCCUGGAAAUGAAGUUGCAGAAUAUCAUGUGUGAGCGGAAGCUGCUCUGCGAGAGCCGGUCGGUGCAGCUCAAAGAGAAAAAUAGGCAAAUGCAGGCCUUGAAGAGGACGGAGCAUGCGCUGGCCAGAGCCAGGGAGCAGCUCAAACACACGCAAUCUACCUGCGCUGACUUGCAAGCACAGUUGGACGCCCUUCCGAAAAGAGGGGCCGGUAUCACGCAGAGGAUGGCGCUUCAGAAGGAAGUGGAUGCACUCAAAGUGAGCGUUGACAAACAGUUAUCAAGAGCUGAAAAGGUGAGUCAGAAGCAGCAGCCGUCUGGGAUCAUUCAGGAGCUGCUGAGGGAAUCGGACAGCCUGAGAGAAGAACUGCAUCACCUCAGAUGUCUCACAUACAUAAAAGCAGACGAAAGGGGCCAGAAGCACCGUGAGAUGCUAAGAGCCAAGCAAAUGAACCAGCACAUCCAAGAGGAACUUCGAGAGAAGGAGCUCAUCAAGAUGCACCACAGCAAGCUGAGUGCCAUGCUGCAGCGCAGAGCGCUGCAGUAUGGCAAACUUUGCGACGUGGUCGCUGAGGAGAAAAACAAGUAUGUCAAGCUGAAGCAGAUCACGUCACAGACCAUCACGGAGCUAAUGGAGCAGGCGAAGGUGCUGGAAAACGAAGUGGAGAUCCAAAAGAGUAUCGUCACCGAGAAGGACAGGUUGCUGGCCAAAGUUCAUAGGAAGCUCUCGAAUAGCUGCAACAUAAGGGAUAAACUGCGAAACAACAUCAACAAGAUUGCUUGGCAAAGCCAUCAGAUCGGGCAGGAGCGAAAGGAUAACGAAGUGGAGUUACAGACGCUCAAGCAAAUGAUCAGCCUCCAGGAGCAAGCGCUUAUCGACACGAUCAAGAACCAGGAAGGAGCGGUACAGCGGCGCAAUUUUCUCGGCAUUCAACUGCUGGAGCACGAGGAGGUGUUGUUCGACUACCAGGAGAAGGUCAACACGCAGGAGGCGGCCAUCGCUGCGGGCAGCGCGGCACUGGAAAACCUUGAGAAGGAAAUGAGGGACCUGAAGGUGGCCGUCGGCGAGGAGAAGCGGCACAUCGGCUUCAAGAAGAAGGAAGUGCUGGUCCAGAAGAAGAUGGAGGAGGAGCUCACCAUGCUGCAGCUGGAGAUGUUGGAGGUCAGGGACCAGACGUUAGAUAAUCUAGCAAAAACAGCAGAUUACAAAGAGCUAAAAGGCUCCGAUCCCUCCUCCCCUGAACUGGUCAAGAAGAUAGAGAAGCUGGAGGCCAGCCUCGCGGAGAGGGAGAGGCAGCUUUUGGAGAAAGGGCUCCUCGUGGACCAGGUGACGCGUCUCUCCAACGAUCUCCAAGAACAGACAGACAACUGCCAACAAGACAAACUGUCGCUGGCCAAGAAGUUAAAUGAGCUGCGAACCCACAUCAUUGACAUCAGCCGCCGAUUGAUGGCCGCGUCUGCAGAAUUGUCGAUGAAGCAAGCGGCGGUCCUGUGCCUCCAGCAGGAGGUCAAAGAAAGAGAGCUUCAGAUGGAAAGGUGCCAGAGGCGGUUGGCGCAAGGACUGCCACCCUGCCCCGAGAUGGAGGAAGAAUGGAGGAGGAUGCUCCGGGACAAGAGGAGGAGACAGAGGGACAAAGAGGAGAGAGAGAGGCUGGCAGACGAGGACGCGUGGAAGCAGUUGCCGAACGGCCAGUACACCACGGCGGAGAGCCGACCCGAUGCCUACAUCCCCCACACGGACGCGCUCCCUCUGCCCAAACCGUAUGGAGCGCAGGCCCCCUUCAAGCCAUCGCAACCAGGUUCCAACAUGAGACACAUACGCAAACCGACACAUCUCAGACCCUUCGAGCUGUAGAGGAAAUGCAAAAAAAAAAAAAAAAAUUAUAAAUUCCGCUGUCUCUCAGCACUGUGCCUCCCUUUUAGCAUAGUUCCUCUAAUUGCUUCAUGGCUGCAUCUGGUUGUAAUCCCGUUCUAUUUUUUUUUCUGUAUUUACAGGCAAUUGCCUGUUUACGCUCCGUUUGUCGACAAAUGAGAAUGCAAAGGCGGUACGGGGGAGAUUGGCUGAAUAUUUUACCAUUUUUUGUCUUCUAAUGUUGCCUUGUAUGAAUGCACCGCAUUCUGUUUAAGCCGUGCGUUUAAAGCCUGAAAGGAGAAAUGUAAAUAUGGAGAGGCUGAUCACAUAGUGGAGGAGGAUAGACAGCGAUGAGGAAAAAAGAAAUAAGAAUUAAAGAAAUAAUUCACUUGAUUCCAGGUUUCUUCAUAGCUUACGGUAGGGGGAAAAAAACGUCACGUCACUAAAAUGGCAUUGCCCGCCUGUUGCACAUUAGUGAUUCAUCACUUUAUUUCUGUUUCUGGAGUCAGUUGCCAGGGGUGGAGUAGUUUACUUUCUGUUACAAAAACAUAUUUAGAUCUCAUUUUUAACCUUUAAACCCUGGUUAAACUAGAAAUGAUCCAACCAGAGGCGAAUAGUUAAGACUGAGGACGUUUGAUCACUUUAUAGCAUCAUUCGAUACAAACAAAACUCAGUUGAACAGUUAGUUUAGUGGAAAAGGCAACAUACAUUCACCAUAAGUGAAAACUCUGAAACCGAGUUAGUACAUGCUACGAAUUAAGAUCGUUUGCAGGUUUUUCAGCCGAUUGGCAGAUUGUCGGAGGGCAGCACAGCAACUACAUUGUUUCUCUUCAACGAAUUUCACUUAUGCAGAAGUUUAGAACACGACAUUAGGAUGGAAACGUAAUAGCGAGAUGAACCAAAACAACUGGAUGGAUUAAUUAAGGCAUUGGUGUCAAAUUCAAGGGCCGGGGGCCAGAUGUGGCCCGCCACAUCAUUUUAUGUGCACCGCGAAAGGAAAUCAUGCGUGUUAUUUUAUGAACUAUAAUGUUAAGAUCUGGCAUUUUUCUGAUACCAGUCCCCCUUUUUAUGGUAACUUGAUCAAUGGAUGAGCAAACUAUUAUCCUUCUGAUUUAAAAAUGUAUCCCUCACUUUUUGAAAAUGAAAGAAUACGAUGAGACAUGGUUUCAUAUUGGGAAAUUGAAACGACAAUAUGGCCCUCGACAAGAAUGAGCUUGACACACCUGGAUUGAGGUUACUGGCAAUCUAAAGAUUUUUUUUUCAUUUCUAUUUUUUGUAAAUUAUUUCAGAUGAUAAUUCGCGCAAUCUUAUAAAAUUAUGAAAAUGGCUUGGGUAUUUAAAGUAAUGGAAAAUUUUGUAACUCAUUGUUUGCCAAAUAACUUGAAGUUCUGCUCCAAAAUAUUUUAAAAGAUAAAAGAUAUUUUAAAUGUUGGAUUAUGACGUAUGGAUGAAGUAAUUUCUAAAAAUAAGAGCAAACUUGGGGUAAUAUCUUAAGAUAUGAGUUCCUCAUAUAUAAGAGAGCAGCAUGGUAAAAGACCGGCCAUUGAAGUUAAUUUAGUAAGAUAUUGUCUUCAGGAGUAAUGGUGUGUGUGAUCAUCCAUUGCUGGCAGCUGCUGAGAGCUGUCGGAUUUAUUCAGCACCAAACUGUUUGGGCUUCAUUAAGCGACUACAUAACACCGACCGGACGGGGCCAACGACUGUGGAGGCUCAGAUUCCCGCUAAAAGAUGAGAAAUUCUAGAAAAAU